AUGCUCAGGUCGAUUCGCAAGGCGGCUUUCGCGGCUACUUUCUCACAGUUCAAACGUACUAACUAUGAGAGUACGCGCCCGUUCCUCCUUCUGGACGAGACGACGAAAGUGAUCUGCCAGGGCUUCACUGGAAAACAAGGAACCUUCCAUUCUCAGCAAACGUUGACUUAUGGGACGAAGUUGGUCGGCGGCGUUUCACCGGGCAAGGCUGGAAAGACCCAUCUCGGUCUUCCUGUUUUCAACACUGUUGGGGAAGCAAAGGAGGCUACCGGCGCCACAGCAUCUGUUAUAUUCGUUCCUCCACAGUUUGCCGCAAAGGCGAUCGAUGAAGCCAUGGAGGCAGAGAUGCCGCUUAUUGUUUGCAUAACCGAAGGCAUACCCCAACAUGAUAUGAUCCACGUCAAGCAUCGUUUGCUUCGGCAAGUACGUUUCUUUUCUACUUCCAUACCCUUGAUUUGUCAGUUCCUUGUUAGUUUGCCGACAGAAAUUUGCCCAUUUCGGUGUGUGGUGUCCUGUCACUCCAGUUUAAUUUAA